CGCGAGCUGGCGCUCUUCCUCCACAGCUGCUACUUCAGCGUGGAGGCCGCCAAGGCGACCCUCGACACCUACUUCACGGUCCGAACGCACCUGCCAGAGUUUUUUGCGCAAAGGGACCCAACUCUUCCAGAAGUCCAGACGGCUGCAGAAGUCACAGGAAUUGUUACUCUUGAGAAACCCACGCAGGAAGGCUAUAAAGUGAUAAUGAUAAGGCCUGUAGACACAGAGCCCAGUAAAUUCAGCCACGUCGAUCUGAAGAAAGUGUUUGGAAUGGUGAUUGACCUGUGGCUUUAUUCUGAAGGCACGGCUGAAGGUCACGUGAUCAUUUUUGAUAUGCAAGGUGUCACUUUUGGACACUUCACAAAAUUGAGUCUGAUUGUAUUCAAGAAAUUUUUCUUCUAUUUGCAGGAAGGGCUUCCCGUUCGUCUGAAAGGACUUCAUUUUUUCAAUGUCGUCCCCUUCAUGGACAAAAUGAUGGCUAUGAUGAAACCUUUCAUGAAAAAGGAACUUUUCGAAGUGAUGCACGUGCACACGGAAGGAGUGGAAGACCUCUUCAAAUUCGUCCCGCAAGAAAUUCUCCCAAUGGACUACGGCGGGGCAGCGCCGCCCUUACUGAAGCUGCAC